AUGCUCAAUCGGGUGAUGUCGAUGCAGCGGGAAAGUCAUCGCCUGCAAAUACAACCCCAUAAUGGACCAGCUGAUUCAAAGGUUGACAGAAAGGACUCAACCUGCAAACAAGAUCAUAGUUCCCAAGGUGGUGAAACACAAUACCCUGGGCCACAUCUUCCAGAGGAUAUCUGGUGUCAUAUAUAUUCCCUACUGCCAAUGCGAGAUGCUGCUCGAGCUGCUUGUGUGUCAAAUGCAUUUCAACGUUUCUGGAGAUGCCAUCCAAACCUUGCUUUCAGUAUGAAAGCAUUGGGCAUGGAUAAAAGAUCAUGUGGAGAGGAUGAAAUAGCGAGAAAUUUCACCAGCAAAGUCGACCACAUUUUAAAAAACCGCUUAUGCAUGGCCAUAAAGACACUCGAGAUUGUUUUCCGUUAUUACAAUGACCAGGUCUGUAACCUUGAUAGCUGGCUUCAGACUGUUGUUACACCGGGGAUUGAAGAACUCACUAUUCAGCUAUCUAGAAAGUCAGGAAGAUAUUACAACUUUCCGUGGUCAGUUUUAGCUAAUGAGAGUGGAAGCUCGAUUCGGUAUAUAAAUCUUUCUUGUUGUGUUUUCUCUUCCACUGCUGGGUUGUGCUUGAAAAGCUUGUCAAGACUUGAGUUGUGUGAUGUUGACAUCACGGGGGACCAAUUGGGGUCUCUUCACAAUUCGUUUGCUUUGCAACAGGUGCGACUCAGACUUUGCAAUAAUAUAAGUUGCUUGAAGAUACCAUUUCAUUUGCGACAACUUGGAUGUCUUGAAGUGUUUGACUGCAGCUUGCAGCUUAUAGAGAUAGAAGCUCAAAACAUUUCUAAUUUUCAGUUUAGGGGUCACACCCAAGUACAGCUACCACUUGGAGUGGCAUUGCAAUUGAAGAAGCUUGUCAUGUCAUUUCCCGGUGCUGUCAGCUAUGUUUGUGCUGAUUUUCCGUCUAGCUUGCAAUAUGUUGAAGCUCCUACCAUAUGUUCAUCUCAUGAGAUGAUUGAUACACCAGUGCUACCUAGCAAGUUCUUCCAUAUUAAGUACUUGAGUGUUGAUCUUAGUGCACUGGCAUUUUCCCCAACCUACGACUAUUGUUCUCUGAUAUCCUUUUUUGAUGCUUCUCCUUCCUUGGAGACCCUUGUCGUGAACGUGUUGCAGGUAAAAAUGUUGCAUGAAUCAAUCGUGGGAGAUAAUACAUCACAUUUGAGGGAGAUGCCAGGACACCGCCAUGAUAGCCUUAAGACAGUGAAGAUCAUUGGUUUCUCCUCUGCGAAGAGCUUAGUUGAGCUGACAUGCCAUAUCAUUGAGAAUACGACGUCACUUGAGUGCCUUACAUUGGACACCACACGAGGACAUCCUUGGGAUAGCUGUUCAUCCAACUAUACUGGAAAGUGCUUGCUGUUGCACGGGGAUUUUAUGGUGGAAGCUCGUAAAGGCCUCUUGGCUAUAAGGACAUAUGUUGAGCCAAAAGUUCCCUCUGGAGUCAAGCUAAAUGUUGUGGAGCCUUGCCGCAGAUGCCAUAGCCUUGAACCGGUGUCAUGA